CACCAGCUGCUGCUUCCCGGCGCCAGCCCCCUGCCAGAGGGCAAAGGGAGAAGGAGAAAUCCUCUUCAUGACUUCAGAAAGACAGGAGAGAUGAUGCUAAUUAAAGUAGACAACUCACUGGAGGUAAAAACCAAGCUGUUAAACACCACGGAGCAAUGUGCCAAGAGAUGCAGCAGAAAUAAAGGCCUUUCUUUCACUUGCAAGACCUUUGCCUAUGACAGAGUUAUGAAACGAUGCCAUUGGUUGUCCUUCAAUAGUUUGACAAAUGGAGUGAGAAAGAAGCAAGACCAUGCAUUUGAUCUGUAUGAAAAGAAAGACUAUGUUAGAAAUUGUAUAAUUGGAAAAGGGGCAAAUUACAAGGGAACAAUAUCUAUUACAAGAAGUGGCAUCCAGUGUCAGAUGUGGAAUUCUAUGAUCCCCCAUGAGCACAGCUUUUUGCCUUCGAGCUAUCGGGGUAAGGACCUGUGGGAAAACUACUGUCGGAAUCCCCGAGGGGAAGAAGGAGGACCUUGGUGUUUUACGACCAAUCCAGAGAUUCGCCAUGAAGUCUGUGACAUUCCUCUCUGUUCAGAAGUUGAAUGCAUGACUUGCAAUGGAGAAAGCUAUAGAGGCCCAAUGGAUCACACAGAAUCUGGCAAAGAGUGCCAGCGCUGGGAUCUCCAGAGGCCACACAGACACAAAUUCCGUCCAGAAAGAUAUCCUGACAAGGGCUUUGAUGAUAAUUACUGCCGCAAUCCUGAUGGCAAGCUGAGACCGUGGUGCUACACUCUUGACCCUAACACCCCCUGGGAGUUUUGUGCAAUUAAAACGUGUGCUCAGAGCAUUGUGAAUAGCACUGAUGCAGCAGUUGAAACAACAGAGUGCAUCAAGGGGCAAGGUGAGGGCUACCGAGGUACUGUGAAUAACAUAUGGAGUGGCAUCCAGUGUCAGCGCUGGGACUCCCAGUUUCCUCACCAGCACAACAUCACUCCAGAAAACUUCAAGUGCAAGGAUUUAAGGGAGAAUUACUGCCGAAAUCCAGAUGGAUCUGAGUCACCAUGGUGUUUUACAACUGACCCAAACAUCCGGAUUGGUUAUUGUUCCCAAAUACCCAAGUGUGAUGUCUCAAGUGAACAAGAUUGCUACCGUGGCAACGGCAGGAAUUACAUGGGGAAUUUGUCCAAGACAAGAUUUGGGCUAACUUGCUCCUUGUGGGACAAGAAUAUUGAAGAUUUAAGGAGGCAUAUACCAGUGUUCAGGGAACCGGAUGUUAGCAAACUGAAGAAAAACUACUGCCGCAAUCCAGAUGACGAUGCUCAUGGUCCCUGGUGCUACACAAGUGAUCCACUCAUCCCCUGGGACUACUGUCCUAUUUCUAGAUGUAAAGGUGAUACUACUCCGACCACAACCAGCUUAGAUAAUACUGUCAUUCCUUGUGCCUCAACAAAGCAGUUGAGAGUUGUAAAUGGAAUCCCAAUGCAAAAUAACCCAGGAUGGAUGGUUAGUUUGAUGUACAGGGAUAGACUUAUUUGUGGAGGCUCUUUGAUAAAGGAGAACUGGGUGCUAACUGCAAGACAGUGCUUCCCUUCUCGGUACAAAGAUUUGAAAGACUAUAAAGCUUGGCUUGGAGUUCAUGACGUCGAAGAGAGAGAAGAAGGGAUGAAAAGACAAAUUCGGAAUAUUUCCCAGUUGGUGUAUGGUCCCGAAGGGUCUGAUUUGAUGUUACUGAAACUUUCCAGACCUGCAGUAUUGAAUGCUGAGGUGGAUAUAAUCCGACUGCCCAUUUCUGGAUGUACCAUUCCAGAGAAGACCACUUGCAGUGUUUAUGGAUGGGGAUACACAGGAUUGAUUCCCUCUGAUGGCCUGCUCCGGGUAGCGAACCUGCCUAUUGUAGGAAAUGAGAAGUGCAACCAGUAUCUCAAAGGGAAAAUCACUGUGAAUGAGUCAGAAAUCUGUGCUGGGGCUGAGACCAUUGGUUCCGGACCUUGUGAGCGGGAUUAUGGUGGUCCCUUGGUGUGUGAACAAAACAGGAUGAAAAUAGUAGUGGGUGUUAUCGUUCCUGGUCGUGGAUGUGCCAUUCCAAAUCGGCCUGGUAUUUUUGUCCGAGUGGCAUAUUACUCCAAGUGGAUACGCAAAAUCUUGCUGACAUACAAAUGAGUUAUAACAGAAUAUUCUACAUAAAAGAACCACUUCCAUUCUCAUGAAGAUUUCAGAGAACGUGAAAUUAACGUGUAGUGUAAAGAUCCAUGAUUCUUUUUUUAAACUACUUGCUAGUCAAGUUGUUGAGCUUCUGUUGAUAUUUAUGGGUGUUUUCUGAUGUUUUUGUCUACCAGUGUUGUUUUAUAAAUGUUGAAGUGAGCUACAGUAUAUGCAAGUAUAGUGACAUAUUUCCUGAAGAUACUUGAAUGGGUAAACAAUGCUAAUGCUGGCUGAUAAUGAGUUUUAUGGAAAUAGAUCAUGUGGUUUCUUUUUAUGCUGCUCUUCUGGUCAGCUUGUUCGUGAGAAACAAAGGAAGUUUGUUUUACACACCUCUUUCAGACUAUGAGCCAUGUACUGCUCUAUCAGUCUUCCUGAGAGCUGAGAGCAUUGAUCUGUACAACAUUUAUGGACCUAUUUCUCUUCUCCUAUAUUCAGAAUUUAAAUUCCUCCAAUGUCUAAUUUUAAAAUGUAAUCUCUUUAACUUCUCAUUGUGGACUCAAGUCUUUAAACACUCCAUCAGCAGAGUUCUUAUCGAAGUCAAUGGGAAUGGUCUUUACACAAUUUAUUGGAACUAGCUCUAUACUUGCUACCCUACAAGUAUAUAGUAUAUAUUAUAACAAAACACCUGAAAAGGGAAGAGACAUAGUAGUAGGUUAUUAGCAAAUUUUCAGUCAUUUGCUUUUUAUUUUAAAGUCUCCUAAUUAAUGCUGUAUUACAGUGCCAAGUAAAGUGUAUUUCAUAGAGUUCCAGUAAUGUAUCCUGAUUAGCUAAUAACAGACCAUUUUUAUCAUUAAAAUAAAUGAUUUUCAUAUAGGGAGUUAAGUUCGUAUCUCUCUUUCAUUAACUGUGCUGUAAAUUGAAGGACUCUAGUUACCUCAAGGGAGCUACUCUGCAUUUAUAGCAGUAUAGUGAGAGUGGAAUUUGGCCCUUAGCUGAUAAAAUUAACAGGGAAAAAGAAGAAUAUUUAAUGUAGCUAAGGCCAAGUUAUGUCUUCAGAUAUGUAAAUGAAAAAUGCAUACUCUCUCUGGGGGUAGAGUCUCUAUCUGUCUCGUAUAACAAGCCAAACCAGUAAAAGAACUAUGGUUUGAAAAUAGAGUGGAAGGUGUCAUUUAACUUCAGUAACAUUACCCAUCUCUUCUUUAUGGGUGUCAUAUAUUCUCUUUAAUAAAAAACUAACUGUAUGUGGCCAAAAAAUACAUCUCUAACAUCAUGUGUUUGAAUUUAAUAAAACUAUCAUGGGGGUGAGUAUUGUCUGCUAUACAAUGUGCAAAGCAUUGCUAAUAGUUUAAUUGCUUGCGUUUCUUUUGUGUGUGCACAUGUAGAAUCAUAAUUUUCUUUAUUACUGUUGAACCAAGAAAAAAAACAACCCAGCAUCUAUGAGGGGUUGCUCCUUUAGAACACAUUGUAUAAAUGAAAAAACCGAGCAAUUAGCAAAUGGCAAUAUUUUCUAAUAGAUGGUCUAAUUACCCUGUAAUUGCUGGCAAAUGGAUAUGACAUAUAAUCCCAUUGUACUUAUUAUUACAGUACAUUAAAUCAUAUACGUAACUUUAUGGUUACUUUAUUUGUGAACGAUAUAAUUGUCUAUGUUCCAGAAAGCAAACUGUUCAGUUAAGCAAAGUGCAUAACUACAUUGCUCCUAAACUGACAUCUUUUCAUAGAGUCACACGAAUAAAACAUGUUUUGUUAUAGUUACACGCUGAGUGGCAUAGUGCUGAAUCCUGCCCUAGUGAAAAAGUAACCCUGCAAGGGGAGCUGUGUUGGGAGGCACCCAAAGGACUGACUCACUAAUCUUUAUUCAGCAAAGCACUUUAAUUGGAUUUACAUGUGUGCUUAAGUGUUUUGGUGAAUGGGAUUGAACUUCAGCCUAUGUUUAAGUACAUCAUUAAAUUAAGGCUUAUGUCCAGCACUCAGAACAUUCUGCUGGUACAAAGCAAGAAGUCUUUCAGCAAUCAGAUAUACAGGUGUGUUCCUGAAAAUCCUUCCUUAUCCUUGGUCAAAAUGGAGCUAUUUAUGUGAGUAAUGACCAGCAAUCCUGGUUUUCUGAUUUUAUAUAUAGUGGCGUUUCAUUUAAAUCAGGGAAAAAUUUAAAUAUUGGGUUAAUUUUUCUAUUUGUUUUAUCAGAGAAAACCAGGAUCCCUGGUAAGGACAAGGCCUUCCAGGUUCUAGAUCCUAGACUGACAUACUUCCCAUUGCACUCUGGCUCUUUUGCACCCUUUGCUUUCUGGUUCCUCCUAUUCAGUAACCUAGCAGAGGGCAGGAUUUAGCCUGUUGUAGUUACAGAUAAUUGUCGCCAUAUAUGUAAAAAUAUAUAUUCUCAUUAAAUAUAUGUUGACUAUAUCUUAAGAAACAAUUAACUUUUAAAGACAGAUAAGGGACUCCUAGUGAGUUUUUAUUUUUGGUUGUCAGAACAUGGAAGAUGUAUAUAAUUCCAUGUCACUUUUCCUAUUCUAAGAAUUGUUAUGUGCUCACUGUACUAUAUUUGCAGGCAUUUUGUUAUGUCUACCAAAA